AAAAAAGAAGGAGUGGGAGAUAGAGUCAUCGAUUGUUAUUUGAUUCAUCCCAUUUGAGCCAAGUAAAUUAUGGAUGGACUUAGUUUUGAUUAAUUUGCUGAUUUUUACAAUUUAUUUUGAUCGAAUUUGCUGAUUUAGCACUUGUGGAGUUGUUUAGAGGAGAAACAAGGCAUACCUUUUGAGCAAUUGCCUAAGAUAGAAGGAAAUUUGAGAAAGCAAAAUAAACGAUAACGAACAGAAAACCAAUCAGUAAUGGCGGGUAUGAUACUCUCGUCUGCUACUUUCCUUAGAUUGAACGAGCCCCAACAACAGCAACAGCUUCUUGUGGGUUCUUCUUCACGAAAUACUCAAUUGAAGAAGAGAAGAGGCAUAUCGGUGGUGACACGGGCAGGAGGUGGAAUAAGUUCAAGCAGUUAUGUAUUUGCUUUAGUAUUCCCACUUUCACUCCUUGCUAUCACCAUCUUCACUUCUGCCCGUAUUGCUGAUACCCUCGACCAGAAAUUCCUCGAAGAGGUUGCAGUGAAUGAAACAAUAAGGGAAGGUGAGGAAGAUGAUGGCAGCGCGGUCACUCCGUUAGAGGAAAAACCUGCAACUCCUCGCACACGCAAUCGACCCAAACGGGAAGUCGAACCUUCAUCUAAGUAGUCUUCAUUUGUAUAGGUGAAACAACAAUCUACAGAGUGGUUUCUUGGUCCAAUUUGGCAUAAUUGGCUACGAAAAUGUCUUUAUUCAGCAACACUUUUAUUACGUUCUGUGAUCUAAUUUGAAAUGUAACAGUAUGUGUAUGAAGAGCUAUUUUUGUUUUA